AUGUCCGCUCGCCCGUUGAUCCCCCUCUGGCUGGGCCGCGUCCAGUAUGCGCGUGCCCUGUCCCUCCAGACCAAGCUGUCCACGCGCCUGGUGGCCUCGAUCGAGGCGGCCAACCUUCCGCAGCGGGACCCGGGCUUCCGGUCGAUGCACGACCAGAGCGGCCUGGACCGGCCGGUGUCGCCGAACUUCCCGAACUUCCUCCUGCUUCUGGAGCACCCGCCCACCUAUGCGGCCGGGCGCCGGCUCAAGGCGCCGGGCCUGCGCCAGGAGCGCCGCACGGAGGCUGAGCGUCUGGUUUCCCUCGGCUCGGACUACUACCAGGAUGCCAGCCUGCGCGGCUAUGUCCGCCGGCUGGAGGACUCCCUCUCCACCGGCUCGCGGCUCUUUUGCGUGCCGACCAUGAUGACUGACGAUCCGGGGGUCUGGACACUGGACGGCCUGCGUAAGGUGGCCGCCCUGGUGGCCAUCGACAUCAAUCAGUGCCUGCCCUCCAUCGCGUACAUCGUGUCACAGGCGAUGCACCCGAUCCCCGUGGCCCCGGCCACCACGCGAGCCCUGCGCAAUCAGGUCCUCCCGGUCCUGAGCGCCCUGAAUUCCGUCCCCAACUCGGCCAUGUCCAGCAGCCCCUUCACUUUGUCCGAGGCGGACCAGCAAAUCCGGAACUUCUGGUUCCCCCGGACCGAGCCCUCGGCCUUCCGGCAGUUCCUGAGCGCCGAGCGCCACCGGGACGCUCUGCUGUCCCUGCUGCCGCAGCGGUCCCUGGCUGCGGCGCUGGACUGCGGCCUGCUGGACAUCGCCUCGCUCAAUGACAUCCAGGACAUCUUUGCCUCGACCAAUGUCGCGCUUGACUCCAUCAAUGAGCAGCCCGCUCUGGGGAUCCACAACCUGGACGAGAUCGAGGCCUCCGAGGACCGGGCCGCUGCGGUCGCCGCGGCGGCGGCCGCCGCCGAGCAUGUCGCAACUGCCAACGGUUCGGCCUAA